AUGAAUCUGCAAUAUCGUCUUCACCUGAAUCGAGUCGGAGAGUGCAUUCACCUGAAGAAAGAACGUGUCGAUAUUCUGAAGCCUUCCGAGGUCAGCCGGAAUAUCGUCGGAGAGUCCGCAAUACAUGACGUCGAAACGGACAAGAUGGGACAGGUUUCCAAUCUCCGACGGGAUGCCGCCGAAGUGCUGCUAGGUGCCAUACUCGGGAGGGAUCUGACUGGAGAAAAAGUUUUCGCCGAGGUGGAGAUGACGGAGGAGGGGCAUGGCGGCGAUGGCGAGGGGGAGGGGACCGAUCAUGUUGUUGUUGUAGAGAUCAAGGACUUGGAGAUUGGCGAGGCGGGCGAGGUUGGAGGGGAAGGUGGCGUUGAAGGCGUUGUUAGAGAGUUUGAGAUGGCGGAGGGCGGAGAGUGCGGAGAAGGAGGCGGGGAUUGGGCUGGAGAACUGGUUGUCGGCGAGGGAGAGGUAGGAGAGGAAAAGGAGGUUCAGGAGAGGGGGAGAAACGACCUCGGUUCAUCAGGAACCGAGGCAUAA